ACCCUAACGCACCACGCAUACCAAAACGAGAGGACCAAACUUGUUGCGCUAUACACAUAUAAACCAAACUUUGCACUUUGCAGCAGCAGCAAUAGCCACUAUCUGUGUUUCAGAGUCACAGCAUGGCCGUCGUUGGAGUCCUCGCGUUACAGGGAUCUUUCCACGAACACAUAGCAGCGCUGAGGAAGUUAGGAGUGAAUGGGGUAGAGAUUCGGAAGCCGGAGCAGCUUCUCAACGUGAAUUCCCUCAUCAUCCCUGGUGGUGAGAGCACUGCCAUGGCUAAGCUUGCUGAGUACCACAACUUGUUUCCCGCCUUGCGAGAGUUUGUGCAAUUGGGAAAGCCUGUUUGGGGAACCUGUGCAGGGCUAAUAUUCUUGGCAAAUAAAGCUGCAGGACAGAAGAUUGGUGGUCAAGAACUGGUUGGUGGCCUUGACUGUACUGUGCAUAGAAAUUUCUUUGGCAGCCAGAUUCAAAGCUUUGAGACAGAGCUUUCAGUUCCAGAGCUUGCAUCCAAGGAAGGUGGCCCCGAAACGUUUCGUGGAAUUUUUAUUCGCGCCCCAGCAAUUAUUGAAGCUGGGCCAGAUGUUCAAGUGCUGGCUGACUAUCCUGUACGUUCUAACAGAUUGUCCACUGCUGAUUCCCCUACUGAAGACAAAAAGGAGAAUGUUGAGGAAGAAAGUAAAGUCAUAGUUGCUGUGAGGCAAGGCAACAUCAUGGGGACUGCUUUUCAUCCUGAAUUGACUGCUGAUACUCGGUGGCACAGUUAUUUCUUAAAGAUGGCAAAUGUAAGUGGAGAAGAGGCCUCAAGUAGUCUUGUUCCAGCAGAAGCCAGUACGAAUGUGAACCAGCGGCCACUUAAUGACCUUCCUAUCUUUCAAUCCUGAAUUGACUGCUGAUACUCGGUGGCACAGUUAUUUCUUAAAGAUGGCAAAUGUAAGUGGAGAAGAGGCCUCAAGUAAUCUUGUUCCAGCAGAAGCCAGUACGAAUGUGAACCAGCGGCCACUUAAUGACCUUCCUAUCUUUCAAUAGGACCAGCCAUUCAUCAAGACUAAAACAAUUAUGGAUGAUUUUUUAAUUAGUAUAAUUUAUUUUGAAAACAAUAUCUCAUAAUUUCUGUGAGAUCAUAGAAGAAAGCUUAAUAGUAUUUUUAUAAAAGAUAAUGUGUUUUAGACUUUGGUGUUUUGUGUAGUUUUCUAUCUACUUGUAGCCUGUACUUUGGAAGGCGUUAAAAUAUAUUCAUUCUUGCA